GCGGGGGCGGCGGCCGCCUGGCAGAGGCUGGGCGGGGCGUGCGGCCAGGGCCCGCAGCCGGGCGCCACGCCGGCCGCGGCUCGAGGCCGUGCGCGAUCGGCCCUGCGGCUGCGGCUGCCCGCCGAGGUCCGGGCCCUGUACGGCUUCGCCGACGGCCAGGACCUGCUGCUGCACUGGCGGGGCGAGGCUGCCCAUCCCGUUCGGGGCAAGUGGUGGGCAGAGGCAGGGUAUAACCCGAAGUGGUUCCCGAUUGGAUUCAACGAGUCCAAGCAUGUGGCGCUCUGCGUUUCUACUGUCGCUGGAAGGGUCACCAGAUUCACCACGCCCGAUGGACAGGUUUCUCAUGCGACUGAGGCUCACAAGCACUUGAACGAAGGCCUCCGAGACUACUUGGAAGAUUUGGACGACUAUUUGGCUGGCAAGCGGCAGCCGUUCAUAGGUUUGGGUAUCAGAGGGCCUGCGGCAAG